GCAGGGUCGCUAUAAAUGCCAGCGGUGACUGACAGGGCGGGAGCCGCGGGCAGGGGCAGCCUCAGUCCGGCCGCCGCCAUGGGCUCGACCCGCCGGGCCCUCGCCGAGCUCUACGGGCGGGGAUCGGGCCACGCCGAUGGCGCCGAGGAGGCCGAGAGCGCGGCCUGGGCCUCGCGGCCGGACCGGCGGAGUUACCUGCUGGGCAUCCGGCCCCAGAACAGCUUAUCAAGCAGCAGAUUCUGUCCCUCCAGUUUAGGAAGGAGCACCUUCUGCGCAAUCAUUUCUCAGCUGACGGAGGAAACACAGCCACUAUUUGAAACCACUAUCAAAUCCCGUUCUGUGUCCGAGGACUCUGAUGCUAAAUUCACGUGCAUAGUGACAGGGUUCCCGCAGCCAGAGGUGACAUGGUACAAGGAUGAUGAGGAGAUGGAUCGCUACUGUGGCUUACCCAAGUACGAGAUAUUCCGUCAUGGAAAUCGCCACACCCUGCAGCUGUACAAGUGCCGAGAAGAAGAUGCAGGCAUUUACCAGGCCUCAGCUAGAAAUACCAAAGGCAUCGUGUCCUGCUCUGGUGUGCUGGAAGUGGGAACCAUGACGGAAUUCAAAAUCCAUCAGAAAUGGUUUGACAAAAUAAAGAGAAAAGCUGAAGAAAAGCUGCAAGAGAUAGAACAGGGCAAGAAACGAGGAAAAGAAAAUGUGGAGGUGGAGAAGUUGCAGGGAAUGAGCCCCGAAAGGCUCCAGAGGAAGCGGAGGCUGGCUAGGGAUCAGAAUCUCCAGUCAGGAGACUCUUCAUGGGAGAAGGAAGAUGCAGCGAAAGUGCACGUCGCGGAUUCGCAGUCCAGGUUACACAAGGAUAUUGCUGAGACACAGGAGCAGCCAGUCAGUGCAGUGAUGGGCUUCUCAAACAAACUGGUAGCACCUCUGAAAGCAGAGGUGACAACCAAUGGAGAUGCCACUUUGGAGACUGGGGAGGAGAACGGGAACAGCUUUCUCACGUAUAUCUAUGAGACAGUGGAGGACCUGGCGGCUAAGCCAGGGGCAAAAGACUCUGCAGCUAAAAAGAAAAAGAAGGUGGGGGCUCCUUCAGCAGCAACGCAGGAAGCUUCCAAGCGAGAAGAAAGUGGGAGAGACAGGGCCAAUCCUUCCUCAAAUCCCAGGUUUGCCCCUCCUGUCCCCUUACGUAGAAAUGCACGUUUGAGAGCGGCAAAGGAUCAAGAAGUGGAAACCAGUCUAAAAGGCAAAGAGCCUGAGAAAGCUGUGAAUCAGGACACUAAAACCAGUGAUAACGUGUACUUCUCAUUAAAGGACAUGUAUUUUGAUAAGCAGGUGAAGCCAACAGCAGGGAAGGAGGAGGUGGGAGCCAAGGACGAGGCCAGGAGCGAGACUGCCCUGCGGCCGGUGGCCAUCAGCAGACAGACAGAGGAUGCUCCAUUGUCCUCUGAGGUGUCAGAGGCAGGACCUGUGCUGUCCGAGGGACAGAGAGGCCAACACCAAGCACAGAAGUUGGAGGGAAACAAAAAGAUUGCAGCAACAGUGGGACAGUCUCCUGAUGAUCUAAAACACCCAGUGUCUUGUCCAACCACAGAGUCUGGUCAGCAAGCCAGUAAGUUAGAGGAGGUCAGAAAGGACGUGCCUGUCUGCCAGGAAGCCAGGGGGGCUGUGAAAAUGACAAAUCCUCGGCUGAGGCCUCAGGAGCCACCAAAGCCAACAGCACCUUCUCCAGACCACGUACAGUCCAGCAAGGAGCACCCACCCCCCAGGAAACAGGCAGAAAGACAUUCCCGUGCUCUUGAGGGCAGAGAGACUCAGCAAGGACUGUUAAAUCAAGAGAACAAAAGCCAAGGCAGAGAAGAGCCAUUGCUAAAAAAUUUGAGUCCUCCAAAGGAUAAAACUGGAGAAAACACUGGAGAAAAUGUUUCUCGUGAGCAAAUCCCGCAUCAGACAGUCAAGGAUGGGAAAAGCAAAGAGGCAGGAGCAGAGCUGUCUGGGAGCCAUCCUGGUGUGAGGACAGGAGGGAGUGGUGAAGCAGAGCCAUGUCCUGGGGCUGGGCACAGGGAGGCAGGAGGGACAAUUUUGGGGCAGCAGGACACUGAAACAGCAGCUCCUCCGUCAGUUCCACUUGCCAAGGAAAAGCUGCUUCCUGCUCCUGCAGCAGAGCCGUCGGUGGCUCAGGAGGCACUGCUGACAGCUCAUGGAGCCCCAGGGAUGGAGGCCACCACAGGAGAGGUCCCAUCUGGAGCCCAGCUGCUUCCUCCUGUGAGGGGAGAAACGGAAACCACAAAGACAGAUGGAUCUGCCCCGCAAGAGACGUUUUCAGCCAGCCUGUUAGGAGAGGAGAAUGCCAAACCAGUGCCCGUGGGACCUCAGGAGAGGGAAGGAGGAGAGCAGACAGCCACAGCUCCAUGCCAGGGACCAGCAGCACCUCCAGGGACUUUUGAAGGAGGUGCUGAGGUCCAGCCACAGGUACCGCUGGUCCUGCCUGGCCCCGAGAGAUGUCAGGAGAUGUCUUUGGAGGAGAAAAUGCAGCACAAAAACCUGGUUUCCUCCUUAAAGAACUACCUGCUGCUGCUUCUAAAAAUGUCAGAUAGCAGUAAGGAUGCCACGAAAGGAGACACUGACGCUGGGGACAAGGAGCAGCCAGAUGCAGGGGAAGGCAUGAUGCCAGAGAUAGGCAUUGCUGGGCUGAGCCCUCGCACCUCAAGGAGAGUUUUGGAAAAGGUACAAAACAACCAGCUCUUCCAGACAGCAGAGAACUUGCCUCUGACCCCCAGGACAUCCAGGCGGAUCACAGGCAUGAUCAACGAGGAAUUUGUCACCAGCCAGGAGAUGCUGGCUUGCAGGCCUGUGCCACCAAAGAAACGCACCUGGGUUGCCCCCAAGGCCGAGGGGCCGCCCCUGCUCUCUGUGCCCUCCAUUGUGGUGGGCAGCAUGUCAGCAUCAGGAGCAGGGCAGCCUCCUCAGUCUUCUGAUUUGCCUCCAGUGAGCUCUGAAGAGAGUCCUGGUGACCCUCUGGCAGUGCUACCUUGUGCCACACCAGAAGAGCUCGCUUUGGGAGCCCGGCGCAAAAUAUACCUGCCAAAACCCAAACAGGUGGGGGAGGAAGAGGAGGCAACCCUGGAGAGCCCGGGACACAUGAGAAGUCCCACUGUUUCACCACAGCAAUCCAGGAAGAACAUACCCCUGUUGCAUUCUCCUGCCCUGGCUCCAUCCUCUCCCACAGAGCAGUGCUCGCCAACCCUCACGAGGAAAAUGGCCACGUUGGAGGUUCCUAAGCUGUACGAGGAGCCUGCAGGUGACACCAGUGGUGACCACGAGGUCUUUGGAGAUGCUAAGCCAGAAGCACAGCCAGCAGAGUCCCAGAAAGCAAAUAACCCAUUUAAAGUUCCACAGGUGGUCCGUAAGAUCAGGGCAGAACAAUUUUCCGAUGCAUCAGGAAACCUGAAACUUUGGUGCCAGUUCUUCAAUAUAUUGAGUGAUUCUAAGCUGAUAUGGUACAAGGACGAGAUCCCUGUAGCUGAAGCCCAAAGGAGUGCUGGCGACGAGGGCCAGGCAGCCCUGGCUGUUGUGCAGGCGUCCCAGAAGGACUGCGGGGUCUACCGGUGCGUGAUCAGCAACGAGUACGGCACCGACUCCACCGAUUUCCUGCUCAGCCCAGAAGUGUUGUCAGGAUUUAGCCUGCGGGAAGAGAUUGAAGUUGGAGAGGAGAUCGAGAUGACGCCCAUGGUGUUUGCAAAGGGUUUGGCUGACGCAGGCUACUGGGGGGAUAAGCUCUUCGGGCGCGUGGUGAGCGAGGACAUGGAAGUGGGCGCUGGUUUCCUGCGCAAAGCCUGCCGUGCCAGAGCCAUCUAUGGCCUGGAGCCCAUCUUUGAGUCUGGCCACACCUGUGUCAUCAAAGUGCACAAUUUCAUUGUCUUUGGGACCAAGAAUGAGAACAGCCUCAUCGAGAAGAACUACGAUAUCACCAUCCAGGAAUGUAAAGUCCAGAACUCCAGCCGUGAGUACUGCAAGAUCUUUGCCGCCGAGGCACGAGCCGUCCCUGAUUUUGGAGCAGUGCCCGAGAUAAUUCCACUGUACCUGGUUUAUCGACCGGCCAACAACAUCCCUUAUGCCACAAUGGAGGAGGACCUGGGUGGGCCCUGUGAGCAGUACUGUGUCACCGAGAGAGACGGCAGCUUGGUAGCAAGAGGCACCUCGGAGAUCGUGCUCAAAUGCUGCACCUUCCAGCAUUGGGUCUACCAGUGGACAAAUGGAAACAUCCUUGUGACUGACAUGGAAGGAGUGGGCUGGAAGUUGACCAAUGUGCGGAUCGCUACCAACCUGAAAGGGUACCAGGGGCUGAAGGAGAGCUGCUUCCCCUCCCUGCUGGAGCAAUUCCCGGCUGCUCACCGGUGCAAUCGUUACUGCAGCAUCCUGGGCCUGAAGACACUGGAGCCAGCCAAGCCCAAGGGCUCCAAGAGCCCCUCCCUGGGCAGGAAAUCUGCCCAGUCCAGUCCCCAGCUCCAGAAGAAGGCGCUGUCAAGUCCUCAGGGCACCCGCAAGGCUGCUGUGAGCCCCAAGAGCUCCCGGAGAGCUGCAGGAACAGGGGAGGCCCCGACAGCCUCCAAACCCAGGUUGGGAGAGAGCAGCAGGGCUGGCUGCCCACAGUAG